UCUGCUGUCCCCCGCCGUGAUAUUGCUGGAAUAUUGCUAAAGGCGGCGUAAAACCAUACUCAGUCAGUCAUAAACACUCGGAAUAUUUUAAUGUGCAAUUAUCUCUGCUACGUUCUUUGCUUUUGUCACAUUUACUAACCAUUAAGAUCAAAAUAAUUUUAUUUCUAAACAUAGGACAAUGCACAUGUUGCUACUUCAUCUGUUGUCAGCCAAUCAGUGACAGACACUUACGAGAGUAGGUGCUGUGUGCCCGAUCAGAUUGCCCAGACAGUCGCCAGAUAUAUAGUGUCACAGCGAGAAGGUGGAAGGCUUUGUGUGGUCAUAAGUUUAACAACCUGCAUCGACGAAGACGACGUUGUUCGGUCAGCAACAUCUCUAGAUAGAAAUAAAAGUUGUCAAUGUCGUCCCACGAAUCCGGUUCACCAUUCUCGGACCAGGCCAAGAUGGUUGGUUCGCCGUCCUCCGGAACAUAUGGCAGCACCAUCAACGAUGUGGAAGAGGGUUCGGGCAACGACAACGAUGGCCAAUCCCUCUCCCGCGCUGGGAUACCAUCUCUGCGAGAGCCAGCAACCUUUUUUGAUGGGAAGAUUCGGUCUAUUCAGGAUAUCGAAAAGAAGGAAUGGGCGUUCCUCAUUGUAUUUGGCAUCGCCAUACUCAUAGCCAUUGUCUUCACCCUCUACAAGCUUUUCACUGUGGACACACACCAUACAGACUUCGUGUUCGCCCUCGUCUGCGGUUUCAAUGAAUGCGUCUGCUUUUAUUAUCUCCUGCACGGGGUACUGAAGGAAUGUCGGCAUGAAAUGAUCAUCCUCGUCAUCACCACCAUCAUCAUGGUCGUCUACCUCAUCGUCAACUAUGCCAGUGGAUCGCAAGACAAAAUCAAGCUGGCCCGGCUAAUCAUUGGGUGCUGCCUGGCACCCGUGGUGGUGGUGAUGGGCUUGUAUCUGGGCAGAAAGUACCACCAACCAGGGUGGCUUCUCUUCAGGACGGUCGGUGCCAGCUUCACGCUGCAGGCCAUGUGCAACAAACUCUUCCUCUUCCUGGACCUUCUCAAGCUUGACCUUCAACUCGGGAUCACAUUGGCCUUUUUCACUCAUGUAAACGACCCCAAUGUCAAGACUCUUGACAUCGUUGUUCUGUGUGUCGGUCUCGUCAUAUCCGGUGCUUGGUUCAUCUUGGGACAUAUGUGUGUGCGCCGCGAGAGCAAGAUUUUAACGUACCUGUUCACGGUUCUGAGUCCUCUGGAGCUCUGCUAUGUCAUUUAUAAAAUUGCCAUGGCGUCUACACAUCUGACACUGUUCCCAGCUCUAGCGCCGUGCUCUAUCGCGACAGGCUUACUCGCAGUCGUAGUUCGGAUCAUCGUCAUUAUCCUCAUCUACCUUGUCUCCAUGAACUACGGCAAAGGCCUCAGUGAAAAAGUAUUCGGAUCGCAACUUUAGGAGCCGUUCCCCAAAGACGCUGAAACUCACCAUCACUAGUCACACAUGGAUUACAUCAACGACAUGGUACCACCAGUAUAUCAUACAUACAGCCUUCACAUGUUACACAUCACUAUAUGAAUCCUUAAGCUACGUGUGUCAACCUUCACAUGGUACCCAUCAUCAUAUGAUACCUUACACCACCUGUGUCAAUCUUGACGUGGUACCCAUCAUCAUAUGAUACCUUACACCACCUGUGUCAACCUUCACAUGGUACCCAUCAUCAUAUGAUACCUUACACCACCUGUGUCCAUCUUGACGUGGUACCCAUCAUCAUAUCAUACCUUACACCACUUGUCAACCUUCACAUGGUACCUGUCAUCAGAUGAUACCUUACACCACCUGUGUCAAUCUUGACAUGGUACCCGUCAUCAAAUGAUAACUUGCACCACCUGUGUCAAUCUUGACAUGGUACCCAUCAUCAUAUGAUACCCUUACGCCGCCUGUGUCAACCUUC